GCGAGAUCAACAGCUUCCAGAUUACUUCCGGUGACUGGUACUACUACAACAACAACAAUCAUGGCUCCUUCGUGUCCCGAAGAGGUGGAUGUUUUCACUGUUCCACAUUCUCGCAUGAAAGAGUUAGUGUGCAAAUAUUUAGAUAUGCUAACAGCUACUAACUUUGCUGAUGUUGUCCAUUUGACUACACUGCUUGAGAACUUGAUACGGACAUUCCAGGAGUUUAUAGCACACGAGCAGAUUGAAAAUCAGUUUAUCAUGAAAAAGUUAAAGAACAAACUUCGGUCAUUGUCCAUCCAAAAUACAGCUGUAUGCAACUGUCACAAGGACAAUAGACUAACAGAUAUGCUGAAAUUUCUCCAGGAUGGAUACAAGUGUACAAAGAAAAGCGAUGCAGACCGUAAUAACUAUGGUCUGCAGUUGAGGCAAGAACUGGAAGAUUUUACCGAGACUUUCUUGCCUCACAUGGAGGAAGAGGAGGAGGUUUUCCAGCCAUUGUUAAUGCAACAUUUUACAUAUGAAGAACUGAAGCAGAUCAAAGCAACUGUCUUACAACAACACUUUAAGAUGGAAACAGAAGAUAGUCCAGAAAAAUGUGUUGCUGAUAAUAAGUCAAGUAAACCAGAAAUCAACAUUGCUGGUUCCAAUCUGAAUGACCAUGUUGGGAUAGAGAAUCUACCUGAUGAAGUAAUGCUGAAGAUUUUCUCACACUUGAACCCACAAGAACUGUGUCGCUCAGCCCAAGUAUCUAGGAGGUGGAAUUCACUUACCAUGGAUGGGAGUCUAUGGACAGCACUGUAUCCAGUCAGCUGGGCUAAAGGGGAUUGGAAUGCACAGUGUGGUGUGAAUGAGGAGGAUAGUAUUGAUGUUGAAGAGAGAUUGAAUGCUAAGAGUUAUGAUGAAGAUGCCGAUGUUGAUGAAACUGAUGAGUGGGAUUCUGAAGCUUUGGAGAUUCAAUAUCAGUCUUCUAUGUUGACAUGUAUGUGUAAACACUUACUGCCUCGUGUCGGAAGGACUAUCAAACACUGUGAUCUGGCUUAUAGCAAGGGACUAACCAAUGGAGUGCUGUACAAAGUUCUCUCCCUGUGUCCAAACCUGGAGUAUUUAGAUCUUACACAGACCCGUGUGUCCGACCUAGGAUUUAAAGGAUUCAAGAAAGAGGGCAGUGGGAAAAAACUACGGCAUCUGGACUUGUCUGGUUGCUUGUAUAUAACAGACCAAACUCUGCUAAAACUGUCAUCUGCUCUGGGUCAGGUUCCAAGUCACAUGACAGAAACAGAAGAACAGGUGUCUGAUCAUGUGACUAAAGAAGGUCAUGUGACCAAACCAAACAAGGAAUCAGCUAAUAAGGAUGAAGGGUGUCCUGAUUGCAAAGAAAAAAUAAAAAAUGAAAGUUUUGGAUAUGAAAAUCCAACAAAUCUAGAAAGUUGUAACGUAGUUACCUGUCAGAAACAAUGGAAUACAGUAACCUCUGAUAAAGACUUGAACAAAGAAAGAAAUAGAUCUAAUGAGAAGAAAUGCUGUGAGAAAAGCAAAAGAGAAUGCAAUGUAAGUGCUGAUGGGUAUCUUUCAGCAAGUGAUUGCAUGCAGGGCAGUAAAUGCUGGGCAUCAAAAGACUGUGAUACGAGAAAGGAUAGUGUUCAGCUUUACUGCAAAAAUGCCAGACAAAACACAUGUGGCUGUUGCUGUAACAACAAAGAAAAUCUGUUGCCGUGUAACAAUAUAACUGAACAUGUAACCGCUACAGAUGAACCACAUGAUCAAAAGUUUGAUAACGAGUACACAGAAUCACAGGACAGAUCUUGGAUUAAACAAACUGAAGAUAAUGUUGUUGAAAGGUCAGAGACAAUUAAUGAUGACCUUUUAAUUCAAGAAAAUGACCAAGCUGGAGAAAAAUUUGAUGAUGCACAGCAAACCUGUACAAGGAGACAGGAUGAGAAGAAUAUAAGAAACCUCAACAGAGGUAGCCAUGUCAAGGUUGAAAUAGUCCCGGAUAUCAAAAUAAUCCAAACAGAAUCCAGUCCAAAACAGACUUACUUGCCAGAAUUCUUUUUCCUUUCAAAUUUAAGGGUGGAAAGAGAUUCUGACACAGAAACACAAGUAAACAUUGUUGUGUCUGGUGAGAAGAAAAAUGACAUUGUUGGUACGCCGUACAUCAGUGAAGAGCCUAGCAGAGCUCUGGAGUUUCUGAGCCUUUCUGGAUGUUACCAGAUUACUGAUGUGGGCUUAAAUUACCUGAGCAGCAAUGGAGGAUUACCAAGGUUGAAGCACCUAGAUCUGUCAGGCUGCCUGAAUGUGGCUGGAGAGGCUGUCAGUGGGUUGGUUAAAACAGCACCAUACCUUGAUCCAGCUCAACUUUUUUACUGUGAUAACAUUCUGGAUGGUCCUUACGCAGAUACAGCAUCUGGAUGCCAGAACCUGCAGUGUAACAGUCGGGUAUGCUGCAGGUGUGGAGAGUAAAUACUUCAGAGAUUGUUAAAAAGUUGACAGAAAGACACAGUGAAAACUAAAGACUGAUGGAAAUUUUGAAGGAUUUGGUUUUACUACUUCGACAGAACCAUUGGUCAUUGCCAGCUGUCAAAGAAAAAACACAUAACCACAUGUACUGUCAUUGUAUUCUGGACUAAAAUUGUUUUCUUUUAAAUUAACUGAUUCAUUCAGAUUCACAUGUUUUGACAACCCCGUGAAGCAGAGGGAAAAGGUUUUUACAUUAUAUUUGUUACUAUAACCAGGGUGAUUACUUUUUUUGUCCCAAAAACUAUUUACCAUAUAUGGUUAUGAUGCAACGUCAAAAGUCCCAUAAUUAUCAUAGCAUGUAGACAGUUUAUUGUUACCUGUUCAUGAUGAUCGCUGUGAGCUGUCACACAUUUCAUUGAGUGGAGAAACAGUUCAUGAAUUUGUUAAACACACAUUUCAUUGGGAAGAGAAACAGAAUAUUAAUAUUCCUUCUGGGAUCUCACACAUUUCAUUGAGUGGGGAACCAGUUCAUGAGUGUUUCUGUUGAAAUCAGUUAAAUACACAUUUCAUUCAGUGGAGUCCCAGCUCAAGAAUGUUUCUUCUGAUAUCUGUUAAACACAAAUUUCAUUGAGUGGAAAACCAGUUCAUGAGUGUUUCUUCAGAGAUUAGUUGAACAAAUUUCUUGAGUGGAGAACCAGUUCAUGAAUGUUUCUUCAGAGAUCAGUUGAACAAAUUUCAUUGAGUGGAAAACCAGUUCAUGAGUGUUUCUUCAGAGAUCAGUUGAACAAAUUUCAUUGAGUGAAAAAGCAGUUCAUGAGUGUUUCUUCAGAGAUUAGUUGAACAAAUUUCAUUGAGUGGAAAACCAGUUCAUGAGUGUUUCUUCAGAGAUCAGUUGAACAAAUAUCAUUGAGUGGAAAACCAGUUCAUGAAUGUUUCUUCUUAGAUCAGUUAAACAAAUUACAUUGAGUGGAAAACCAGUUCAUGAAUGUUUCUUCUUAGAUCAGUUAAACAGAUUACAUUGAGUCAAGAACCAGUUCAUGAAUGUUCUCUUGAGACCAAAAGGUUACAGGCUUGUUCAUUGAUAGCUUCUGCUCCAUUAUAAAUGAAUAUUUACUGAACAAGGAGAGCAGAACUUGUGAAAAUUAAAGGGGUUACUUUUUUUAGCUCACUUAAGCACAAAGGGCUUGGUGUUGAGCUAUUGUAAUCACACCAUCCAUCAUCCAUCCAUCAACACUUUUUUUUCAAAUCACAUCUUCUCUGAAACCUUGGGGUGGAAAUUGACGACAUUUUGCCUGGAUGUUCCUUGGGUGGUCUUCUUCCUAAAUUAUUCAGAUGGUUUCGCUUGGUUGCACAUAGGGGCAGCCAGAGCUUAAAAUAGAAAAACUUUUUAACAGCAUCUCCUUAAUCUCAAGUCUGAUCUUGAAAUAGUUUUACACAAAUGUUUUUGGUCCUUGUAUGAGCCUAUAACAGGAUUGGUCAGAUUAUUCUGAUCUGUCAAAAAGUAUGGCCACCAUGGGGCAUGGUCACUUUUCCCUUUAUGUAUAUAGUGGUAACUUUAAAAAUCUCCUUGUGUGAAUCUACUUGCCCAAUUUUAAAAUAAUUUCACACAAAUGCUCCUUGUUUAACCCUUUGCCAAGAUGGUUCAGAUUAUUCCGAUACAACAGUAAACAUGGCUGCCAGGAUGUGUGGUCACUUUUCACUAUAUAUGUGUAGUGGAAACUUAAAAAAAAUCUUCUUGUAUUAACUUACUGGCCUGAUUUUAAAAUGAUCUCAUACAAAUGAUUGUUGUGUGCCAUUCUACCAAGAUUGUUCAGAUAAUGGCAGUUCAUCAAAAAACAUGGCUGCCAGGUGUGUGGUCUUUUUUUCCCUAUAUGUAAUUCGUGGAAACUUUAAAAAUCUCAUUGCUCAAUUUCGAAAUAAUUUUACACAAAUGUUUUUUGAUGACCCUUUAUGAAGAUUGUACAAUGUUCCGUUUCAUCAAAAAACGUGGCUGCCUGGGGGUGUCAUUACUUUUCCCCAUAUAUAUGUUGUGGAAACUAGGAAUCUUCUUGUUUUAUAUUUUCUUUUAGUAUCCUAUCCAACCUCUUACCCACUCCAUCCCUCAUCCCUGCCAACCCCAACACACACAUAGUAGAAACUUCUAAAGUAUAAUUGUCAGAAAACACUGGCACUAUUUCAAAAUAAAUUUCACAGACAUUUAUCUUGCAUAACAAUCUUAUAAAACUGUUCAAGCAAGCAAUGUAACUCAGAUGGGUGAUAUCGGGUCAUCAUGGCCCUCUCAGUUUCUUUAUAUUUCACAAAUCCCUUGCAAGACUAUGUACAAAUUAAUUACUUUUUUAAUUUAAAAGACUCACUCAAAGUUGGAUCCAGUUAAUCAUAUAUAGCUUUAAAUGAAAUGCAGGAACAUUUCUAUUUAUUUUAGCCUUUCAGUGUAUUACUGUAAUAUUUUUUGUAUGAAUGGUGCUUUGUUUUAAAUCAUUUAUGGAUCUGUUAAUAUGAUUACUGUCUCCACACAUGUAAUAGUUCCCGGAUAAACAGACAGCUUUAUGUCCUGUUUUAUUUGCUUUCAUUGGCCUAUAUUAUAACAGUAAAAAUCUGGUAAUAGCAGUCAAGAUGUGCAUUCUGAAGUGUCACACCUUCAAAGUUUAGCUGUAUAUUGUUUGUAAUGAUUCUGAAACACAAUAGAAUUAUAACCACAACAGUCCGACCUGUAUGAUCGUGUAUGUGUUGCUUGUAUUUAUUCACAAGUUAAAAUACACUGCUCAUUUUAAAGGUUUCACUGUAUUUCUUAAGACAUUUGUAGUGUACAGGAUGUUUUCUGCUGCCACAAUGAACAGUUGGCACAUUUAUGCAAUAAGAAGAAUUGCCUUGUUAUCACAGUUGUAGACCUUUGUUGAUUUUGUUAAAAACAGUAUGUAAACAGUACAUAUACUUAUACAGUAUGUUUUGGUAAUUUUAUCUUGUGUUGAAUUAUGUACUUUCUUUCACAGAUUUUAAUUAUUUGGAACAAGAAGUUACAAUAAAAUACCAAUUACUUGGGUCACAAGGGGAUGAGCUGCAUGCACCAGUUAUCCACGCAUUAGAGAGAUCCAAAUGUAGAAAUAUAGGGAAAACACCUGAAAACCUUAGGAACUGCUUAAGAUAACUUACUCGAGCAAGUGUUGUUUGACUGUUAAUGCAUUAUUUGUAUUUUGUAAAGAAAAGAGAAAAAUUCAUUGUUGACAUUUAAGUUUUUCUCAUUUGGUAGCCUGCAUAAUUGUUAUUUUUGAUUAUACUUUAAAAAAAUAUUUGAUUAUAUUGUGUAACUUGAAAUAUGAUUUACACUUUUGUUGUCCCAAUAAAGGCUUUCAUUUUCA